AUGGGUAAUAACAAGAUUCCAAUGUGGGAGCAGUGCAAAGCCUUUACUCUUGAGUUUAAUUCCUUGGAGAAUAAGGAAAGGACAACCUCUAUGCAGUAUGGGGAGCGCCUAUACAUAGGGUGUGGAGACGGACGUGUGGAAUGCUAUGGAGACAAGAAGCUGUACUCCUUCCAGGGAUUUGAGUUAGAGUUCGACUAUCUUGAGAGCUGUGAUGUAGCCGAGAAAGUGCUGGCGAUUGAAAAGCUAGAUUGCGGAGGGCCUGAGGAGCUUCUUGCCGUUGGAAACGAGCGAAGCCUGAAGAUAUGGAGGAUCAGGAACAAGGGUCCUACCAAGGAAGUUGUGGAAGGAAGAUUUUCGGAAGAGUAUGAUUACACAUGUGUAAAAGAGUGUAAGAAUGUGCAUCCGUGUAUUUUGAAUAGCUUGAGUCUUAAUAAUGACAAGCAGUAUCUUCUGUCCUCCGACUAUCUAAAGAUAAAUCUGUGGAAGCCCGAAAAGAUCGAAGGAUGCUUCACGAUUGUGGAUGUGAAGCCACACAAAUACAGUGAUCUGAUGUUUGUAAUCAACUCAACGAAGUUCAGUAGCGAAAUGAACAUGGUGUUUGGGUAUUCAACAAGCUCUGGAGUAAUCCACAUAAACGAUCUAAGACUCUCCUCGAAGUCGUUGGAAGUCCUAAAAAUAGACGGGGUGGAUGUGGAUGGAAUUGAAGGGGCAGUGAAGUCCAUUUCCGACUUCCAGUUUGUUGAUUCAAACCUGAUUCUUGCCAGAUGUCUCAACUCUGUCACACUCUAUGACAUGAGAAAUCCCAAGGAUAGUGUUUUUACUACUGUACUGUGCGACGAUACAGACGAAAUCAGUUCUGUUUAUGAGUCUGAUGCAGUGUAUACAAGGUUCAGGAUUUCCUGUUCAAACGGCUAUGGGUUCACAGGAGGAUUUCAGGAUGCAGUCCAUAUCGUCAAUCUCUCGGACGGAUCGAAGGAGGAUUUGGAAAUACCUUGUGAGCCAAAGAAUACAGAGAAGAAAGACAAGCUCAAGCUAGUGUGCUCGAAUGGAGAGAGGUUUGUUGUUGCUUGUGAGGACAAACUGUUUGAAUACAAGCAUGUUUAG